CUUUUCUUUCUCUCUCUCUCUCACACUCCCUUUUGCCUCCCCCCAGAGUCAAGAUCAAAAAAGAGGCCCCCGCGCCCUUUUUCUCACCGUGAAUUUCAUUCUUUAAUUCUUCUCACUGACCACCGCUUCACUCGUUCAGCGGGCAUUCUUUGCUUUUACUUCUAAUCUUCCGCCUCUCUCAUCAUGAAGGGUGCUGUUUUCCUGGCCACCGCGGCCGCCGUCGCCGGUACUGCACUGGCCGACUUGUCGCACAUGAAGCGUCAUGGUCACGACUCUUUCCAUGCCCGUCGUGCCCUGCAUGGAGCCGAGGGUGCUGAAGCCACCUGUGGUUGCACCACCGAGGUCGUCACCGUCGAGGGUCCCCCGACUUUGAUCCCCAUCUCGACCCCGACCCCGACCCCCUCCCCCUCCCCCGAGCCGGAGCCGACUACCGUCACCUCGGAGGCCGUCACCACCCUCCACUCGACCAGCUAUAGCACCUUGACCGUCACGGCCUCGCUCUCCACCAAGGCUCCCACCAAGGCCCCCUCGUCCUCCGAGGCCCCCGCGCCGCCCCCCACGUCGACCCCCGUCGCGGAGCCCACCUCCGCCCCGAGCCUGCCCACCCCCGGGGUCACCAGCUUCUCGUCGACCGGUGUCUACACCAUCCCCGCCCAGACCGUGACCGUCACUGACACCCACACCGUCUGCGGCGCCACCUCGACCGAGCUGCCCAGCGGCACCCACACCUUCGGUGGUGUCACCACCGUCGUGGAGACCGCCACCACGGUCACCUGCCCCUAUGCCACCGUCAAGCCCUCCGGCACCACGGUCACCAGCGUCAUCGAGACCACCACCUACGUCUGCCCCAGCGGUGGCACCUACACCAUCGCCCCGACCACCACCUACGUGCCCUCCAGCACCGUGAUGGUCUACCCCACCCCGGCCACCAUCACCCCGGGCACCUACACCCAGACCGAGCAGACCGUGACCGCCACCCGCACUGACUUCACCUACGUCUGCCCCUGGGAGGACAACCUGCCCACCACCGCGCCGGCCCCGUCCACCACCGCCCCGGCGGUCUCCACCACCGCCCCGGCCAGCACCACCAAGGUCCCCUCCAGCACCAAGUCCCCCACCCCGGAGCCCACCGAGCCCGCCAGCGGCCCCAUGGGUAUGACCUACUCGCCCUACUCCAACGACGGUGGCUGCAAGGGCAAGGAUGAGGUCAGCAAGGACGUCUCCCACAUCGCCGAGAAGGGCUUCACCCACCUGCGUGUCUACUCCACCGACUGCUCCUCCCUGGAGAACAUCGGCGCCGCCGCCAAGGAGAACGGCAUGAAGCUCAUCAUCGGUGUCUUCAUCGAGGGCUCCGGCAUCGAGGGCGCCAAGGAGCAGGUCACCGACAUCACCUCGUGGGCCCAGUGGGACCUCGUCACCCUGAUCGUCGUCGGUAACGAGGCCAUCCAGAACGGCUUCUGCAGCGCCACCGAGCUGGCCAGCUUCAUCCAGUCCUCCAAGGCUUCCUUCGAGAAGGCCGGCUACAGCGGCGACGUCACCACCACCGAGCCCCUCAACGUGUGGCAGGAGAACAGCGAGGCCAUGUGCGGUGCCGUCGACGUCGUCGGCGCCAACAUCCACCCCUUCUUCAACGCCGAGGUCACCCCCGAGCAGGCCGGUGAGUUCGCCGCCGGCCAGGUGAAGAUCCUGGAGGAUCUGUGCGGUGGCAAGGACGUGUACAACCUGGAGACCGGAUGGCCCAGCCAGGGUAACUCCAACGGUGCGGCCGUGCCCGGUUCCGAGCAGCAGGCCGCCGCCAUCUCCGCCCUGGUCAAGGCCGUCGGCAAGAAGUCGGUGUUCUUCUCCUACUCCAACGACCUGUGGAAGGACGCCGGCGAGUUUGACGUCGAGCGCUACUGGGGCUGCAUCGAGCAGUUCAAAUAGACUGCUCUGAUGGAGCUACAGUUUCAGAAGUCGGAAGUUUCCUUUCGUCGGCGGAAGCCGUUCUUUUGAUCAUAUCGUGAUUUAUAUUUAUUCUGGUAGAUAACUUGUUUGGGAGCAUCGUUUUAUUGUUUAUACGCGUUAAUUCUACGGGCUACGAGUAUCCAAGUGAUUAAUAACAACCUGUACUUUACUCAUUCCUCUACCUGUAACCAUAGUCACGACCCAUCUACUCGGAAC